AUGUCUCCCCGAACAAUCUCAAGAGCAAACAAGAUGCUACCGAUUGGGAUGAAAUGUGUUGAAAAGAUGCACCUCUUGCACUACAAAGACAAAAAGUUAGAAAAUGCGCGUUCAUCCAACAAGCAAUCAUCUUCAUAUAUUGGCUCUGCAAAUGCUCUCAAUGAAUUGUCCAGUACCAUUGUGGAUAAGGUUGCUGAGAGAGUUUUGGCAUUCUUGACAAGUAGUAUUCAUCCAUUUUCAGGAUUAUCCAGAACUAUUGCUUUUGAUUUUAAUAGUGGUUAUGUUAUGAGAGAUCCCAAUUCUAUAUUGCCUUACUUUUUCAAGAGAAGUUUAGUUUAUUCACCUUCUUCCAUUGGAUUCCACUUUUACAAUGAGGCUUAUAGUUAUUUCAAUAUUACUUACUUUUAUAGUGGUGUUCCAGUUCAAUCUUUUACAACUUAUCAUCAACCAUUCAAUUAUCCAGGUUUGGUUCACUAUUUGGCUAGUCCAAUUAAUGGAAGUAUUAUUGGAUUGAUUGCUAAUCAGACAACUCCUUUCAAACAAUAUACUCAGAGUUAUUGGAUUAGUAGUGAGAAAUAUUUUGCCAAGUUUAAUACUGAUAGUAUAUAUGGAGAUCCUUAUACUGUGGUCAAUUCGAGUACUUGCAUUUUUUAUGCAAGUAAGCUGUAUAAUCCAGUUGAGUUUGCAGUGAAUGGAACCAAAUCUGCACUUAUUGGAUUGGCAAAAAUUAACAUUUCCUUAUUAAGUAUUCAAAACUUUUUGAAAACAAUUACCAUGAUUGGAGAUGGCUAUGUAUUGGUUUCAGAACUGAAUGAUUUGGUGAUUGGCGGAAGUAUCAAUACGACUGCUUUGAAUUUCUACUCAAGGGUGUCAAUGUUCCAGCUCAUAGAUAGAGAUUCAGGAACUUUAAUGUCAGAGCUGGCUCAGAAAUAUGGAAAUUUAUCAAGCGUUCCAAAUACUGGAGCCAUUCAUUUUGCAAGCAAAGGAGUUGACUACUUUAUUUCAAGAAGAUCAUUCUAUUUGGAGAAUAUUUCAUGGAAUGUCUUUUUGAUUGUAUACAAGUCAGAUGUAGAAAAGGUCAGUAACAUAAAUACUGCCAUAUCAGUUGGUGUUUGUGUUGGGGUGAUUUUACUUGGUCUGGUCAUGAGUGCUCUGUUAGGUCACUGGAUUACAAAACCACUCAGAUAUUUAGAGAGACAAUUCAAUCAGAUCAAGACAUUUAGUUUGGAGAAUGUUGAAUUCAGAUCGAGUUCUUUCGGUGAAAUGAAUAGAAUUUACAAGCACUUAUACGAAAUGGUGUUAUUCUUAAAUGAAUUCAAACCCUACCUUCCAGCCAGUUUGUUCAAUCAAAUCAGAGAGAAAACUCAAGAAACUCCAAAAGAAGUUGAACAGUCAAAUAGUAAUAUGGCUCAAUCCAUGGCAAUGACUGAGAAAAGUUCAGCUUUGAGAAGUUCAAUUUCAAACGAUUCUUCCAAGCAUGAACGAAAGGGUACUAUUAAUGAGCUCUUCAGAAAGGGACUAUUCAAAAAGAAGGUGAGUGUAAUCAUGAUUGAGAUUUGUAAAGAUUCCAAUCAUGAUUAUUCAGAUAUUGAAAAUCAAUUCUCCAAAGUCAUCACAUUGAUUAGUUCCAUCACCAAGAAGGUUCAUGCUGAUUUGCAAGUAUUGAGUGUGCACACCUUCCAAUUGUCAUUCUCUGAUAACAACUCAUCCAAUAACAGACGCCACAAUCUAUUGGCCAUUGAGUGUGGUCUCAAAAUUGGUCGACUCUUGACCAGUAUCAAUGUGCAGUAUUAUAUGGCAUUAUCUGGAGGUGAAGUCUUGGCUGGAAACUUGGGAACUAAAGCUCUGAGAUAUUAUGGUAUUGUUGGACCAGUAAUGGCCAAUGUUCAGCAUGUUUUGCAGGUAGCCAAAUCGUUGAAGUGUGAAAUUCUCUCAGAUGCAUUCUCUCUUCAUGAACAUAGUGCCAAGACAAGGAUUGUUGCUAGACCAGUUUCGAAAGAAGAACUUUCUCAUGGUGUUGAGACUAUUUAUCAAGUCCUUAAAGAGAAUAUUGUGGAACAAGAUGGUAAGUAUUAUUUUUCAAAAUAUUAUAGUUUAAAUGUGAAAAAUAGAAUGGCUCUAUGA